GGUCCUCAUCCUCUCUCCUCUCUCUCUCUCUCUCUCUCUUCCUCCUCCUCUUCCUCCUUCCCCUGCACUCUCAUACUCUCGGUCUCCAUCAGUCUUCAUGGUUCUGAUCUCACCCCACGCCAUGCAAGCCACCCGGGCGUCCACCACCGUCAGUGUGUUUGCGGACUGCAGCAUCCCGGCCGGGCUCCGGAUAGGACCGGUACCGGGCAUCUUCAAACUGGGGAAGUACGUGUCGGAUCGUAAAGAAGUUGGACCCAAGAAGAAGAUCCGCUUGGUGCGGGGAGAGUUUGUGGACGAGUCGGGCUGUCCCGUACCAGACUGGAUCGGAUUCAUCCGCGCCGCCAGGAACAGUCAAGAGCAAAACCUGGAGGCUGUAUCGGACUUACCUGGCGGACAGAUUUUCUACCGUGUGCUAAGAGAAAUCCCUGCAGGAGAGGAGCUCAGUGUUUGGUAUUCCAACGCUCUGGCACAGUGGUACGACAUCCCCACCACGGCCACUCCCACGCACGACGAGAAAGGUGAGGAGCGUUACAUCUGCUGGUACUGCUGGAGAAUAUUCAAAUACCCGAACACACUCAAGGCCCACGUGCACUUCCACUGCGCCCUGAGCAACGGGCGGGGGUUUGUGAGCAGCGAGCAGGUCAGAGGCACCGAGACGUUCAGCAGGUCACCAAAGUCUGGAGACAUCCCUAACAACUCCACCUCUCCGAGGAGCGGUCACAGUAACUCCUCCAUCUCAGACUCUGGCAGGCGCGCGGUGUCCUCCUCGUCGUUUCUAAACAAAGCGGGACUGUCGAAGAAGAGCAGCUCCGAGGAGCAGGACAGGGCCCUCGACAUGAGCGUCACCACAGCCAGAAACCAGGGACAGCUCCUCGGCCUGGGCGCAACGUCCUCUGUCCUGAGCAGCAUGGGCUUCCACCCGGGCGUGCGCUCUGCCUUCAAGCCGACCGGUGUCUCCAAAGUCCCCGGCGCGGACGCCUCCAGAGAGGACGCCAACGGGAAGCUGAGCGGUCUGGGAUUCAGCAAACUCAUUGGGAACAUGAAACCAAUCCGCAACGUGGGCGAGACUCUAAACGGGGGAGGGAGCCAUCCUCCAAAGUGCGCACCUGCAAUUAUGGACGCCACAUCUUCAAUGGUGCCAUGCACAAACGCGGUCCGGGGUUUCCCGUUGCUGCCUCACAUGGAGGAGACCUCGGCCUUUAAGCACGUAGAGAGUCGGAUGCACUCCGGCCUGUCCCCGUCCCGUUACCCCCAAAUGCCCCCUGGACUCCAUUUUGAAAGGUUCUCUCUCCCUCACUUUGACGGUGUUAAGACUUAUGGAGGAGACUGUAACAUCCCACUAAUGCCCUUCACCGUCUAUAACGGGGAGCUUCUGUACAGCUCACCUUACUAUCCGCUCAAAUUCCACUUCGGCAACCUCCUCAAGUACCCAGAGUCCAUGUCCUACUUUGGUGCGCCCUCACUGAGUCAAGACCUGGGCUCCAUCACCAACAUCGACCGGGAGAUCGCCAUGCACACGCAACAGUUGUCCGAAAUCGCCGCGGAGAAGAACCGGACGAGGUUGGACUCGAUGCCCGCGGGGGCCCCCAGUAACGCCGGGUCCGGUAAACCUAAAAAGGGACACCUGUGUCUGUACUGUGGCAAGCUGUACUCCAGAAAAUAUGGCCUGAAAAUCCACAUGAGGACUCACACGGGUUACAAACCGCUCAAGUGCAAGGUGUGCUUCAGGCCCUUCGGAGACCCCAGCAACCUGAACAAACACAUCCGGCUUCACGCCGAGGGGAACACCCCGUACAGGUGCGACUUCUGCGGUAAGGUGCUGGUGCGGAGGCGGGACCUGGAGAGGCACGUCAAAUCCAGACACCCGGGACAGACCGUCAAGAAACUGGACGACAAAGCUGGCGGCCUGUUCGAGGACGCGGAGCAGAAGAGCGACAACGACAGUGAUGUAGACGUGUGCUUCACUGACGACCAGAGCGACCAAGAGUCCAGCAAAAAUAACGACUGAGACGUUUUCAUGCCCAUAGAGAGACUGCCCAUUGUCUUUAAAUGGUGUACACAACAAAAACCUGUCAUUCAGUCUUGUAUCAAGUCUGGCAUUUUUACAUUAUAGACAGUGACCCAAGGACACUUGACCUACGCACCAUCUCUACAUUUACCAGAAACUUGCAAUGUUAAUAUUACUUUUUGACUCGAAGGGGACAUAUGGCCUCCAAAAGUUUUUGUUUGGUUUUUCAUGAUGACAAAUUCACGAAAAAAAGCUCAAAAUCUUCAAGCGGUGUUGUAGACAUUUAUUUUCAUUCAUCUGAAAAGCAAAUCACCAAAAUUAUUGUUCUCUUGUUAUAAAUCUGUCAAACAGCGAUACUUUUACAAAACCACCCAAACAACCGCAGAUGAACAAGAACAAUGAUCCAAUCCAACCUCAGUUACAAACAUUUUCAGUCGCUUUUUAGGAAAAGAAAUCAAGGCUGAAUAUGAGACUAAAUGACUUCUUAAGUUAGAUAUGUUUUUGCAGUGUAAAAAGGUACCAGAACUGUCUUUUGUGAUAUGUCUCCCCCUGAAAGAGCCACUUCACUAAAAAAAAAAAAGAAAAAAAAGAAAGAAAAGAAAAAAGAAAAAAGCACUACAUUCCAUCAGACUGGAUGUGAACACAUUCUGGGAGAUGAUAUGAUCUAUAUGAUUCCCCUCUGGUUUGUUUUUAUUGUGAAUAAACAAUAAUAUUCCCAUGUUCCCCUCUGAACUGUUAGUUGCACUUUAAAAAAAAACAGCAAUGGGCAUUUCCUCUCAACAAAUCAGCUGCGUUAUAAUCGAACUUAUUCAUUUCGUCCCCUCGCUGAGGAUCUCUGACUCCCUGCGCCUCACUGAAUAACACACUGUACUUCAAUUUGCACUUUCUUGCGGAGGCGGGCUGCUCUAAAAGAAGCAGCAGCGGCAGCGCUCAGUUAAUUUAAGGAAUUAUUUCUAGAGAGAGAGAAAAUGUAUUGAUUGCAGUUAUAGGCUAUGUAAAGACGUGUAAAGUAUGAUAUUUCACAUUUGAGUGGAGAAGUGUUGUAUACGUUUGUUUAUAAGUGAUAUUGUCUGCGAAGACAAUAUUUUACU